AUGCGAAGCAUUAUUCUGUUGGUGUUCUCCAUUCAUCUUGUCUUUGCCAUGGUCGGCCGACAUCACAGGGAUAGCGGAUUUUUGAAUCAUGUACAAUUGGUCCACGAAUUUCGGUGUUCCGCGCCUCAACCAAGAGCAGUGCCAGUGGAAGAGCUUUUAACCGUCGGUCCCAGCCCCGAUGAGGUUUUCUAUCCAGCCUCCACUGUUCUGACACGUUGCAACGGAGCCGGAUGUUGCCCCGAUCCGAAACAGAUUUGCGCGCCGAUCGAGACCAGGAACGUGAGCCUCGUGUUCACUGUGAAGCACACGAUCGACCGACAAAGGGACAGACACCACGAAGUGAUACACGCGUUGGAGCACACCAAGUGCGGAUGCGUUGACAAGAAACUGAUCAAAUUCGACUGA